GCCUGCCUUGAUGCAACCUUUCCUUCUCUCUCUCUCCAUCGUCAGAUCAAUCUUUCUCACACUUCACAUCACAAAAUAAUAAAAUAAUAAAAAAAUACAACAAAAUUAAUUAAAUUUUUGUUUUUACAAAAAACAAAGAAAACUGAGUUUCUUAACUUCCUCAGAUUCUAUCUCCUUCUCUUUUAAUUUCACUCUUUUUCAUCUUCUUCAUUCACUUUCUCUCUCUAUUUUCUCUCUCCUCCCGCCAUUGUCAGUUUAACACUGAACCUUCAUUUUCAAUCACAGAUUCCAACAUUUUCCGCCAUUUUUGUCUCUCUUGCUUUUCUCUGUUACUCCAAUUUUUUACUCUUUGGUUAUACUUCACCGACACUUCCUACUUCACUCAGAGGGCAGUACAGCUGAGAGUUGAGCUGCUGACAGAGCGAAUGCCUGCUGAUAUGGACUGGUUAUUUGCUGGGCAAGCUGGAUAGAUAAAUUUAAUGUUAAAUACUCGUUGACAAGUUUCAGAUCUAUGGAAAAUCUUGGUAAUUCUAGGAGUAUUUCUAAGGACCAGGAAUAUGUGAAUUCUCCGGAAGUUAAAUAUGCUUCUCGUACUCGUCAUGGUACAAAGCUGCGAGACAUCUUGAUGUCUGAUAAACCCAACUUGUCUUAUGCUGAUUUCCAUCAUGAGAUUACUAGAAAUCCAACGGGUUCUUUCCCUAAACAUAUAGGUAGCCAACAAAGCCAGGUCUUAGAUAGAAGGGCUUCUAAAGAGGAAGAACUGGUUAGAUACAUGUCAAAUUUACCAAACUAUUUGGAAAAAGGGAAAAGUUUUCAGGAUAAACCGCUAAAUGUUGGUGUACUUGACUGGAGGCGCCUUGAGAAAUGGAGGUAUAGUCAAAAGCAGAUGCUAGGAAAGCUCAAUGAGGGUUCUCCAUCUAGUAGCACCACUUCUCUUUUUUCAACAGAUGGCUCAUCAACCCAUUCCAGCAGAGGCCUAAGCAGUUCACCUGCUCGUCAGAGAGUGCGCCGCCUUUCAUUGCAAUCUCAAUUGGAAGCUUCUCCAAAGGACACUUAUCUUGGAGAUGCUAAAUCUUCUUCUGGAAGAGGUCACAGCUGUUCUCCAGCUCGUCAAAGAACAAAGGCUACUGUACUUCAAUCUCAACCCCAAAAUGUUUAUACCGGAGCAAGAACUUCGGAGAUUGAGGUUUUUGGUGGAAAAGCCCAUAAGUUCUGUGAUUCACCCGUGACCGGUGGCAACAAUUUGAACAGGCAGCGAAGGGCUUUUGGAGCAGUAGAACAGUCUGUAAGGCCGGAGUCGGACAUGAAAGCUGUUCCAGAAGUGGUAAAACGACUAACUUUUGAUAAAUAUGAAGUGGGCGCACCUUGGAAAGGGAAAUCUAAAAUUCAAAGUGUGGAAUGUGCCACUGAAACCAUGAGGUUGCAAGCAACCAAGUUGAGCUCUGUUAAUCAAGAUUGCACUAUACGAGAAAAAACAGGGGUUGUCAUGCAUAGAGAUCUAUCAGAGCAUCGCUCUAGUUUGUCUGACAUGCCCAGUCUUACUGCGGAUGGUCGAUUGUCAGUAGAGCCAUGUCAGAAGAGCAUUUUAGGGAUAGACAAUCAUCAAGAACAGCUUUUUAAAAAUGAUCAACGGAAGUACAUGGAAUUACUUGAGACCUCUCCCCUGCAUGCAGAUGGUGUCAAAAGUUCUUUUCAGCUGUCAAGUUUACCACUUCAUUCUACCAAGAUAGUUCACAGUUCAUCUAAGGACAAUGCUCGUAAAGGUGCCCAUCAAGCAUCACAUAUGUUAUCAAUUCCUGCUAGGAUGCUUAGCAGCCCUUCCCGAAGCAGGAACGCAGAAGAAAAGAAGCCAAUUGCUGGGUCAAGGAGUGAAACUGCAGUCAAACCGUCUGAGGAUUCAAAUGCUAGAAAACGCUCAGAGUCUAUUCCAAAAGCAAGAAACCCAUCACCUAUCCGCAGAUUAAGCUCUGCAAUGGGCAAGAUGAUUAAAAAUGCAGGAUCAAGGGAGAAUUCACCUGUUCGUAGGAUUAUUAGAAAUGUAGGAUCGAGGGAUAACUCACCUGUUCGCAGGUCAAGCUCUACAGAAUGUAAAGCCAGAUCUAGGCCAGAGGAAGUGGUUGUUUCAAAGUCCAAUUAUAGUUCUUACUGCGAUAAGUCAUCUAUCAAUAAUAAUAGAAGCAGAUCCAGUCCUUUAAGAAGGUUGUUCGAUCCCCUUCUUAAGCCUAAAACAUCUAACUGCUCUGAGCCGUCAAAGAAACAUUCAUCUACAACGGCUGGUACCAUAAAUUCGUGCACUGAGCCAUUGGAUUUUUGUGUUGGAAAUUCUAUAAAAGUAAAUUCAAGACCUUCUGGUGGCCUUACGACUUUACUUCAAGCUCUUCUGCGGGUAUCAUUUAAGAAUGGGCUUCCUCUGUUUACUUUUGCUAUAGACAAUGAAAGUAACAUUUUAGCUGCAACUGUGAGGAAAUCCCAUGUUCCAGGUAAGAGUCAUCAUAGCUGGACCUACACAUUCUUCACCAUUCGUGAAGUUAAGAGGAGGAGUGGAAUGUGGUUGAAUCAAGGAGGGAAAGGCAAUGGCCAGGGUUACAUUCCAAAUGUUGUGGCACAAAUGAAGGUCUCAGAUUCCCCAGUUUUCACCAAGCAAGACAGCUCUCUUCAUAAUAUCACUAGAGAAUUUGAUCUGUUUGCGGUGGAUGUUGGGAAUGGAGAUCAGUAUACCACCGACUUUCAUCCAACUAAUGAGUUGGCAGCUAUUGUUAUUAAGCUCCCCGGAAUUGCUGCUCCAAAUGAGAAUAAAGAUGAUCAAUCUAGCUACGACUGGUUGGAUUUUUCUCAAGAUUCCAGAGAGAACUUGCAGGAGAUAAGACCUGCUGAUUCCAGUGAUCAUUCACUCAUAAAUCUGAAUCUAACCUCAACUGUCAUACUCCCAGGUGGUGUUCAUACAGUGCCUAGUAAAGGAGAAAUAUCAACACUAGCCGAGAGAUGGAGAUCUGGUGGAUCAUGUGAUUGUGGUGGAUGGGAUUUGGGUUGUCAGCUGCGAGUGUAUACCAACAAAAAGAAAUAUGAAAGUAAAAUGGGUUCUUCUGGAGUUAACCAGAACAAAAACAAGUUCCAAAUUUUCUCUCAGGGUAAUCAAGAUAACCAAUUGGUAUUGAGUUUGGCACCAUUCAAAGAGAGGAUACACUCAGUGGAAUUUAGUUCAUCACUCUCACUUCUACAAGCGUUUGCCAUAUGUAUAUCACUUAUAGAUUGUAAACGACCACCCGAGCUCUCAGAACCAAGCAGUGUUGAUAAAUUCUCUCACGAAGCAAGCAUUUUCGAUGUUGCUAUGCGAUCAAAGACUUCAAAUCAAGAUGAACCUCCUGCUAGAUAUGUCUCAUAUCCACCUCAUUCCCCUGUCGGAAGAGUCUAGGUUUUCUGAACCACUCCAUUUCCCUUGAUCAUAGCCAACAUUGUCGCUAGCUAGUAGCUUUGUGUACUAGAAAUUCUCGGCACAUUUUGUCAUUCAAAAUGAAUCAGAUUUUUUUAAGACCUAUUUUGAGGCUUUAUCGUGCAGAAAAUAGAAGGAUCCUGAUCAUGGUGGAUCAAUUCCUGUAAUAGGUAAAACAGUUAUAAUAACUAUUUUGUAAUUACAAUCCUUUUGAUGAAUAAACAUCUGUAAAAUAGUAAAAAGUAGUCUUUCUUCUAAACAAGUAAGAGCAAUAUCUUCAUGUAAGUAUAUGUAAUUUAGUAAACUGGAAUCAAAUAUUAUAGUUUGCUUUAUGUUAAAAAAAUAGUUGUCUUAUUUUUUUUUAGACAUGAUCACAUAAAAAUUCAUAAAUUUUACCAGAUCGAGCAAAUUGGUUUGAUUGAUGCAAAAUGAUGUAAUGUGUUGGCAACAAAUUUUGUUGCUUUUUUUUUUUUUAUUGAUUGAUUUUUGCUACUGCUUUCGGUACCAAGGUUCCCUGGCAUGU